UAUCUUUAUCCAUGUAUAAAUUAGUCAAACCAUUCUCCAGUUCUUGUGACAUGUAUGACCUUAAAAAAUUAUUUAUGACAUCAACUUUGAAAAACUUCCCUUUAGGGAUGCUAUAAUAACAAGAACAGUGAAUAAGAUUCUAGCUAUUAACACUUAGAGGUUGUUUGAGAUCACUUUAAAAACGACUUUUGGAUUUUUUAUUUUUUCAAAAAGUCAAAAAAAUUCAAAAGAAAUUUAGGAAAUUGAAAAGUUUUUUUUAAAACAACUUUUGGCAAAGGGAAAAAAGUUGGAUUGUAAAAGUCACGAAAUCAUAACUUUUGUGACCUCUUAACAUUUUAAAGGCAGGUUUUGUCUUUUGUCUAUACAAAUACAUUUUAAACCGCUACUUUUGGGAAAAAAAAAAAAAAAACGUGAAGUUGAUGACUAUUCAUCGCGAUUACCUUGACACCAAAUAAGAGUUCGAUCUAAUGCUUUAUUUCUGUCCUAGUUGAUCCUGAUUCGACAUUAGAAGUACAUUGAUUUUUCCCCAAUAACUAAAUAUUUUUGUCUGUAAAUACUGCAUACCUUAUUCCAUCCAUAAAUCGAUUGGAUUUCCUAUGAGUUCUAGUCUCAAAUUUUACAAAAAGUUCUUUUUAUAAAAAGAACUUUAAAGCCAAAAAAAAUAAUCCCACACACCCCCUUAGGAAUUGAGAAGACAAUCAAAUAAUUCAUUUUGUCAUUGCUUAAUUGAUUCAUAGGCCACCAGUUUACAAUUUGUCUAUUCAAUUUCCCACAUUUUGGUUGCACAUAUCCAUUUUGUUUUGUUUGUGAAUAACGAUAAUUAUAUGUAUGUUAUUGCUUCUUUGUGCUUCCAUUAAGGUAUUAAAUUCGGGCUUCUAAACUUGGCUCAUUCUUGCUUCCUAUAAUUUAUCUUAUAAAAAAAAAAAUAAUGAUUAUAUAUUAAUAUUACAUAGCCCAAAAUGUUUGUUUGGAUUUCUUGAAACAAUGGACUCUUUACGUUUGCCCCUACCUUUCAUUGUUUGGACCACGCCUUAAUGAGUUCAACAAGGACAAAAGAAAUCUCUCUUGUCACAUGUCCAAUCCUCAUUGGUACCCAUGAAUUUUCAAGCUCCCCCUCCUUAUAUUUAAUCGGUUUGCCAAUGGAUUGAACCCAAUUACACUUGAAGUAAAUUAAGAAAAUGGCAGCACAAGCACUUGUUUCAUCAUCAUCUCUUACUUCCUCCGGUGACUCCACCAGGCAAAUAUUGGCCGGAAAACCACUUCAAACACCAUCAAGAAAAGUCUCUUUUCUUGUCAAAGCUGCCUCUUCUCCCUCUCUUCAGCAAGGAACAGGCAGACAACUCUGGUUUGCAUCAAAACAAUCACUUUCUUACUUAGACGGCAGGGUACUAUUUUAUUUACCCGGUGAUUUUGGUUUCGCCCCACUUGGGCUCUCAGACCCAGAAGGAACCGGUGGGUUCAUCGAGCCCAAAUGGCUAGCCUACGGUGAAGUCAUCAACGGGCGGUUCGCCAUGUUGGGUGCAGCUGGAGCCAUCGCACCCAAGAUUUUCGGGAAACUCGGUCUCAUCCCACCGGAAACCGCCCUCCCGUGGUUCCAAACUGGUGUCAUCCCGCCGGCUGGCACCUACAGCUAUUGGGCCGACCCGUGGACCUUAUUCUUCAUGGAAAUGACACUUAUGGGUUUCGCAGAGCACCGAAGAUUCAAAGAUUGGUAUAACCCCGGGUCAAUGGGGAAACAAAACUUUCUAGGGUUGGAAAAAGGGUUUUCCGGGUCGGGCGACCCAACAUACCCGGGCGGCCCGUUUUUUAACCCGUUAGGGUUUAGGAAAGAUGAGAAGUCAAUGAAAGAGUUGAAGUUGAAGGAAAUCAAGAAUGGUAGAUUGGCGAUGUUGGCGAUUUUGGGUUAUUUUAUUCAGGGUUUGGUUACAGGUGUUGGACCCGUCCAGAACUUUCUAGACCAUUUGGCUGACCCGGUCAACAACAAUGUGUUGACCAGCCUUAAGUUUCAUUAGAUUGUAAAUCUUUUUUUUUAAUACA